AUGGACGCAUUUGGAGAUGCCCAUCUACGGAGCCAGUUUGAAAUCGAAGAUCAACUUAUCGAACAACCACCUGUUGCGCCGACGGAACCAGUGAAUCUCUCUCAGGUUGCUCAGACCUCUACCUCUACGUUUACUUCGAUACAGCCCCAAACUACCGCUCCCGUUACUUCAUUGCCUACAUCUUUCAGUUUACCACGAAGGGAGCCUCUAUCAAUUCAGAUAAAAACUUGCUCGGGCAAGACGCACAAUGUUGCGCUAAGGAAGACUGCUGCCCCUGUUUCCUACGAAAGACUUGUUGCCGGCCGCUCGACUACGGCUCCAGGGAGAGCUAAAAAGAGUUAUUAUGGUAUUGAUAUACAUAGACUUAUGGAUGAAGCUGCACAGGAGGCCGAGCAGUCAAAAACGUCUCGACCCCCACCUGUCCCCGCAGUGAGGCAAUCAAUUGAGGCCGCAGAGGGGAACCAGAGAGAUAGGAAAGCAGCAACAAUAAUGUGGACCGAGAAAUAUAGGGCUCGUAAAUUCACCGAGCUCAUAGGAGACGAACGAACGCACCGAUCUGUCAUGCGCUGGCUAAAAGGAUGGGAAUCUAUUGUUUAUCCGAACCUGGCUAGGUCGAAGCCAAAAAAGUCCGGGAAUGAGGAGGAACGACCGCACCGAAAGGUCAUGUUGCUAUGCGGUCCCCCUGGUCUUGGAAAGACAACACUAGCCCAUGUUUGUGCCAAACAAGCAGGCUAUGAAGUGUUGGAGAUCAAUGCUAGUGAUGAUCGAAGCAAGGACGUGGUGAAAGGGAGGAUCCGAGAUGCACUCGGUACGGAGAACGUAAAGGGAAUGAACGUGGAGGUAGGCGAGAAAAAGGUUCGAAAAGCAGCGCGGCCAGUCUGCGUUGUCGUCGACGAGGUAGACGGUGUUGUUGGUGGAUCUGGUAGCGGUGGUGAGGGAGGUUUCAUGAAAGCAUUGAUUGACCUAGUCCUUCUUGACCAGAAGAAUGCGGCACGCUCAUCGGAACAAAACACGGCGGGCAGGAAAAGGAAAGGAGAUAACUUCCGCUUCCUGCGGCCCCUCAUUCUGGUUUGCAACGAUGUAUACCACCCCAGCCUUCGGCCAUUGAGGGCGUCUUCUGUUGCUGAAAUGAUCCAUGUACGUCAAGCACCCUUGGAGAACGUGGUUUCGCGCAUGAGGGGGAUCUUCAACUUGGAAGGCAUUCCCGCCGAUAACGACGGAGUGAGAAGGCUAUGUGAAGCGUCGUGGGGCGUUGCCCGGAGGAAGCAAGCCAACUUUAAAAACAGCGGAACGGCCGAAGGCGAUAUUCGAAGUGUCCUUGUCGCUGCUGAAUGGGUAGCCCAUAAGCUGAAAUACGAGAGCGUGGAGUCUAUGCGAUUGACGAGAAGAUGGCUUGAACAGAAUGUUCUGAGUGAGGCUGCAGGAGGUAAUUCAUUCUUCAAAGGCCUAAACCGUGGAGGCGUGCGCGACAUUGUCGAGCGUGUAUUUACGGAAGGAGCUGGUUUUGCAGACGUCCCUAUCAACGCCGAAUCCUUCCGUGAUCCUUUCGAUGACAACGCGAAGACUCCUGUGGGUGUGGCCGACCUCAAAAAGCGCUAUGCUAUUAACAGACUACGAGAGAUGGUUGAUGCUAGUGGCGACUACGACCGCUGUGUCACAGAGUGCUUUACUUCAUAUCCCCUGCAGACAUAUCAGGACGACACAUUCCUCUCUAAGCCCAAUAACGCCUAUGACUGGCUGCAUUUUCAUGAUACUAUCUCAUCUAAAGUUUUCUCUAAUCAGGAUUGGGAACUCACUCCGUACCUCAGCCAGUCUGUGGUGGCAUUCCACCAUCUGUUUGCUUCCGCCUAUGGCAAGCGCACUCGUAAUGAGCCUGACGAUGAGGGAGAAGAGGAACAUCCUUUCUCUGGACCCAGGGCAGAGUUUGCAGCUAAUGAGGCUCUAAAGCAGAACCGUGCAAUUGUCAAUGGGUUUCAGUCUUCGUUAACUGCUCCAAUGCUACGGCUUUUCCGAGCUACCGACUGUCUGGUCACCGACCUCGUGCCGAACCUCAUGCGGAUGUUGUCGCCUGAUGUAAAACCGGUUGUUGUACGAGGAAGUGGGGAACAGAGGAGCACGGCCAGUGUGCGUAAAGAAAGCGAGCGGGCUCUCGUGCAGGCAGCCGUCCGUGUCAUGACGGGACUGGGUGUGACAUUCGAAAAGGUGCGAGUAGAGGGCGAGGGCGGGGCGCACGGGGGAUGGGCAUAUCGCAUGGAGCCUCCAUUGGAUUCACUCGUAACAUUUUCGAAAACCAAAGGACAUUCAUCAACAGGGACAACAGGCGCGGCACCAGUGCGCUAUGCUGUUCGCCAAGUCCUUGACCAGGAGUACCGCAAAGAGACUGUACGAAAACAAACCGAAGCAUUGAGCUCCACUACUGGCCCCAAAAAAUCAGCCGGUAAGUCUGCAGACGGCCAGACACAGGACGAGGGGCAGGGGGCAAAAAGAUCAGGCCGGGAAGCUGGCAUCAAACGCGACUUUUUCGGACGGAUAAUCCGUGAGCCUUCGCCGCAGCCUGGAGGCUUACACGAGGGUCCAGUGCAGAAUGAGGCUUCAAAGGCCGGCAGAAAGGUUUGGGUGACGUAUCACGACGGGUUCUCCAAUGCUGUGCGAAAGCCCAUCUCAAUGAGCGAGUUGCUAGCGGGACUGUAG